AAAAUUACAGAAAAAUAAGAAAAGAAAAUAGGAUAGACGAUGAGAUAGAGGCUGAAAGUCAAGAAAAAUAUAUAUUAUACUUGCUACCAGUGAAUCAGCAGGGUCGUGAGAACUAAGAGGCGACAAGAAGCCGCCACGAACACGACUGUCCGAAUGGCAUCGCGAUAAAACACGAUGCCACGUUAACUCCGUUGGCUUUCUCAACUCUCAUAUGUUUAAACACGAAAGUGUUGUUGAAUGUCUCGAGGGUAGUGAACUCCUGUUUCAUGAUCGAAUGAAUUAGCGGUAUGUUAAUUUCGUAAGCAACGGUAUAUAAUGGGAUAAUCAAUAUUCAUAUACGACCGUUGUAAACAUAAGAACAACUGAAAAAUGUAUAGAAAUUCUUAAAUCAACAAGAUUAAGCAAACGAGUGGAAUCAUUGGAAAUUAAAACAAGAAUUAAGAAAAUUCGUUUUUAUUUACAACGACGUUUGAUUAAUUUUUUAUAAUAAAUACCAUUGAUUAAAUCAAUUAUUGAAGAAAUUAGAAACGAUAAAGUUAGACCUUGUUAAGUGUCUCCUCGUUAAGAUCAGCUCGUUAUUGUAAUAUAUUCUCAAUGUAAAAAUAAAGGAACGAAAGAAGGAGUUUCCUUAGUGCGGUAGGUCUCGAAUGUCACAUGAGGAUCUUUUUUUAGGGAUGCCCGCACAGAGCUCGUAACAAAAAUAGCUCGCCGUGUAUGAUCAUUGAUCCAUCGAUGUGCUAUAAGCAAAGAAAAGAGAUAGGUAGAACAAAAAGAAGAAGAAGAAGAAGAAGAAAAAUAUAAAAAAAAAGAAGAUGAAGAAGAAGAUGAAGAUACGUAGGUUUUCUAGGGUACGGGGUACCGGUUCUAUAUUGUAACCAAAGCAUACACGAUAGUUGGAGCAAGAGAAAACUGGACUGGACGAUAUGUACCAUCAGUAACAGCAGCAGGUGAUCUCGAGCGAAAAGACGCGGUCAGAAAUGAAGCCUACCUUGAGACUGAAGUCUUUUUGCGGCCUACCGUGUCGAUAGGUUCUCUGGGAUAGAAGUGGGAUCCCAUUGGUUACGAAAAUACAUUUUAAAGUUAUCUAUAUUUUAUCUAUUUGAUAUCACUAAUUUACCAUAAUACAUGACAAAGUCUAAUGGACCUCAACAAAUGUUCUUUUCUUUUUAUCUUUGAAAUAUUAGGUUGCCCAGAAUGUUAGCGCCGAUUUUGCAUUUUAUAUAUACAUAAUGUGUUCUUAAAAUCCCUAAUAUAUAAAUGUGGAAUUAGUGAGGAUUUUGAAGUAAUGAUUUUAAAAAUUAUUAAUAUAUUAUUAUAUUUAUAAAUUAGAAGAAACUUUUCAGGCAAGCCAAUACAUUUUAAUGGACUUCAUAAAUAAUUGUAUUUAAUAAUUUGAAAAACACAAGAAAUGAAAUGGUAAUUCGUACAAGCAGAUCUGGACGGUACAAAAUUCCAGAAUAAAUUCUGAGAAGAUCGAAGAGCAAAUCGAAACGAUUCCACGCUACUACUACGCCCGAUGAUCCAAGGCAACUCUUUUUCUUAAAGUCAACGAACCUACUACUAUGUACCCAUGAACCAAUACGCAUGAACAACACAUACACAGACGGUUGUAAUAACGUAUACAUUGAGGUAAGUUUUUUUGUUAACUCGUCGAAUAGAAUUUGUUAGCAAUCCAUUAGAGUUUUGCACUUGGGAUCGUGGAUCUAAAGAUCAACCCAAGGACCAAGGAUCUAUCCUUCGACGUCAUCUUCAUCUUCUAUUCGUCUGGGUUAUCCCUCUCCAGUUGGCAAACUCAAUAUCUAUCUAUCUAUCUAUCUCUGAAGCUAUACUCUCCCCUCUUCGAAACGAUAGUUCGAGCGUCCCUUCGUGCCUUCGUCCGCCCUCCUCUAAGCUGUUGCUGCUGGUGCCAGUGAAUCAUCUUCAACGACCCCCUCCUCUUGGAUCCGGCCAGAAGACUCUUAAGGGGGCCCCCGACGCAGCGCGAGGCCAGUCCGAGAACGCGACCCUAACAUUAACAUCCGGUGUAUUCCGACAGUCGGAAACGGAAACGACUGUUUGAUCGUACGAUUAGUAGCACGGCAACAUGAAGAUCGCUACGCUGCUUCUAGUUAUCGUGGCCUUCGCUUCAGGUCAAAGGAUCACGACAAUUCAGCUCGAUGGUGUUCAAUAUUUUGUAUCAAGAAUGAAUCCAUAUAGUCCAGAACUCAACUACUUCUUAGCGUAUCAGUAUUGUCGUUCUUUGGGUCUUCAACUGGCAUCCUUCGAAACGAAGGAAAAAUCAGACACAAUGACCCAGUACUUAAAGAACGCUGGUUACACCAAGUACGAUUUUUGGACGUCGGGUAACAAACUUGGCACGGAUAUGUUCCUAUGGAUGAGUACAGGACUACCCUUCAACACCACAUUCGAUUAUAUGCUUAAGAGACCUGGAAACAGACCUGCUGAUGUUCCACCUGGCACCGAACCUCAAAGAGUUGCACGUGAAAGUGGCGACAGUGGCAGUGCGGACGGUUGCGUUUCGAUGGUAGCACCAACGUUAGCAUGGGAAGCACAAGAUUGUACCCUCGUAAAAGACUUUAUCUGCGAGCAAACAAGAUGCUACUACUAUAACUACGGCAGCAUUCCAGUCUCCGCGACUCAGGGAAAUCGCAGACCCUACAUAACGACCACCUCGGCGCCAGCCAGCGACGACCAGAUCGACGAGCACGUUAAGGAAGAUAAUAAAGAUGAGAAAAAACCGGAUGAAACUAUCGACGAAAAGACAACGUCAUCGUCGAACGAGGAAAAGGAAGAAUCAGCGAAUGAAGACAUACCCGAAGACCCGGUCGUUAGCAGGCUGAUAACAACAGCCGCUUCCGUGUCUGGCAAGCAAGAAGAAAAAGACGAUCAAGAGGAAGAAGAAGAAUCUACUGCAUCGAGCGUUUUAGGAAACAUCGAACAUCGUAGGCCAACCGAUGCAUUUGAUAGAGAAUAUGAUAAUACGAGACCCGAUAAUAUUCCGGAUAUCACGAGUCUCUUCACGGCUAGCAGUGCUGAUGGUCAAUCAAACGUUCAUCAAGCAAGAAAAGACAACUCUGCUAGUGUCUUCGAUGGCCUGGAGACUCGUGAAAUCCUUCGUACAGCUUCUCGACCAUCCACUUCGGAUAUGAAGAUGGAACACAGAGAUUCUCUCGAUUAUGAUUUACUCUCGGAUGCCCCAGCUGAAGUUCAAGCUGACGUUCAAGGUGAAACUGAACCUCCUAAUAACGGUUUGGAAGAUGCUCAUACCAUUGGUCCAUACGACACAGUUCAAGAUUACGUUAACGAUCAACAGGACAUUGGUGAAUCGGUAAUGAUGAAGGAUCAGGAUGAUGACAGUAGUACGAUCCUGCCAGAGGCGGAACCGGCCUAUAGGUACAACAUCAAAGUGCGCACCAACGGCAAAGUAUUAGACCCUCCGUCCAAGUAACGCUUUACUCUUUAGGCACCGACGCCUUCGUUAAACGCGUUCGUUCGUUUACUAAUUGUAAGAAAAUUAAGAAAAGAUAAUUAAGAUAAAAAUGAAGAAGAUGACGACGAAGGAAUAGGAUACGAUUAAUCUUCGCAAGAAAAUAAAUUGCUUGCGAUCAUCAUCAUUUAAAUAAGUUCUUCUAGUCCAAGAACACUUUGAACCAAUUAAACCUCUUCUCUCAUGUUAACGCAUUAAUACAAUCAUAGUAUUUAAAUUAAAUCGCAAAGCAAUAACGUCGUAGGAACCUAACUUCUUCGCAUUUUCUUCAAACGUUAAUCUAUAACGCUAUUUUUUAACACACGUCAAUCAUCGCGUUUAUCGAAAAAGAAUAAUAUUAAUAAUAUUAAUAAUAAUAAUAAUAAUAAUAAUAAUAAUAAUAAUAUUAAUAAUAAUAAUGGUAAUGAUGAUAAUAAUAAAAAAAAAACUGGUUAAAAACUCGUGGAUCACCAUAAUCAUCACGGGGGAUCAUCGGUGGCACGAGAAAUCACGGUCAUUUUUCAUAUUGAUCACGUUCUAAGCUAAAUAUCACAUCCGAUAGUGGACGUACUAACUUGAUGUCCUUGGUUGGAGGAAAAUCGAAAGAUAAAAUUUUAGUGAAAUUUCCUAAAAGUAUUUUAUGAAACAAAUAUUAGAGAUCAGCUUAAGCUAUUUAAUUUCUAACUUCAUAAAAUAGAUGAUUUAAUAAUGAAAUAAUUUCUAUUUUCUUAAGAUAAUAAAAAAUGUUUUUCUCCAACUGAUGAUGCCAGACUCGUAUCGAUAGUACGUCUUUCAUUGGUGCGUUAAUUGUAAUGCAUGAUAUUCGUGACGCCAGCUGACAUCAACGUAACAUCAUUUUCAAUCAUUAUCGUUCGAAAGAUCCUAAUUAAAAAAAGAGACCCUUCUCUCUCGCUUUUCAUUGAUUCACCAAUGUGAGCAACUGAUAGUCCGCUGACGUCACGUUUUAUUCAUCAAGAUUUAAUCAUCCCUUAGACUUAAAUGAACACGUUUUCGUACGUUCACAAAACGAAGAGUUCAAUGACCUCGGCAAAGAAAGAAACUAUUGUUUCUUUCUUUGAUCGAAUACAGGCAAAACGAAACUCUUCCGUUAUCUGAACGUACAACGAUCUAUUCCUAAAUUACCCCCUUCCUCGUUCUCUUUUUUUUGGGAAAAAUUAUUCACUAAACUGUUACACGAUAAGUCAAGCACUUACAAUAAUUUUCUACAAUACUACCGUACAACAGUGUGAAAGAACGCUCAACUUGUGUAAUAAAUAUCGAUAGUACUAUGA